CAGUAAGUUAUGUAAAGAAGUUACAUUCAGCUGUUCGAAGGACUUUUAAUGGUGCAGGAAGAGCUGUGUAUGUGUGUGUGUGUGUGUGUGUGUGAGUACUGUCCUCCUCCUCCUCGCUGGGCUGUUUUUAGAGGCACACACUGUGAGUUGGGUGAGGUCCAGAGUCUCUCAGGACAAGCAUGAUUUUGCAGCAUUCAUCAUUUAUGAAUGAUGAUUACCAUCGGCUAAAUUUAGUGCUCUGUAUGUGUGUGUGUGUGUUUUCUCUCUAAUGCAUCCUAGAGCUAUUUCAGUUGGGAUGUCCCCAGAUGGAUCCAAUCCCCCACAGCGUGGUUAAUCUCACAUGUGUAGUUGUCAAGCACUGGUCCUGUCAGCUGGUUCUGCAGGUCCAUAAUUUUUAUUUGGUUAUGGGAAAACACCAGAAGCUCCUCCCAUUAUGCCCCGCCCACACUGCUUGCCCUGUUCCUGGACAGGCAGUGACCCGUGAAAGGGGACGCUGUGGAGGUCUUACCGAUGUCUUAUGCAGUGCAGGGAGGAGAACUCCCUGGAAGUCCCAUGGCAUGAACGAUGGGUUCCUCUCCAUCUGGGUCCCCUCCCUCACCCCCGUAGGACCGGAUCAUGUCUCCAUCCACCAGCCGACCCCUCAGCGAGCCCUCGUUCCGUUGGCAAUCAACUUGACGGCAUCUUAAAAAAUGCUGUGCGGUUGAGGCAAGACACAACACAAAAAUAGGGAGAUCCCUUGCUGUGGAGAGACUAGUGGAAGAAACAUCCAAUGCUGCAAAACUGAACCACAGCUUCCUGUAACUGCAAGCCGACAUUGGAUGUGGAACAAUUAAUGCGAAAACCCCACACCCCCCUCCUCCCUGCCUCCAAGCUCCUCCUACUCCAUCGUCAUGGCGAUGAGCAGUGAUCCUGGUUGCGUGGGGGUGGACCCUGACCCAGACUCCUCCCAGGCGGCUGAGUUGACUGACAAGAUGUCUGUGGUGUCGCUAAGGUCUGAUCCCUCCUCCAGUGUAGUGAAGAAUGGGACAGGUGUUAAGAAAGCUCUGCCCAUGAGGCCACACCUGUCAGGCCGGAAGAUGUCAUUGCAGGAGAGAGGAACGUACGUGUCUUCUGGGAGCGGGGCUGACCGCUAUUCCCGAAUAGCCAGACAGCCAACCAUCGAGUCCAAGCGAGUGUCCAUCUCAGACUCGCAGGAUUGCAUCCAGCUUAACCAGUACAAGUUAAAGAGUGAGAUUGGGAAGGGCUCAUAUGGUGUUGUCAAGCUGGCGUACAACGAGGAUGAUGACAAAUAUUACGCAAUGAAAGUGGUAUCUAAGAAGAAGCUGAUGAAACAGUAUGGUUUUCCCCGCCGCCCUCCUCCCCGAGGUCCUAAAGCAGCACAGGGGGAGCAGCCCAAGGUGCUUGGUCCUCUAGAGAGAGUUUACCAGGAGAUAGCCAUCCUGAAAAAACUGGACCACCUCAACAUAGUUAAAUUGGUUGAGGUGCUGGAUGAUCCAGCGGAGGACAGCCUUCACAUGGUGUUUGAGCUGAUGCAGAAGGGCCCUGUGAUGGAGGUCCCCAGCGACAGUCCAUUCAGUGAGGACCAUGCCCGCUGCUACUUCAGAGACAUUGUUCUUGGCAUCGAGUACUUGCACUAUCAGAAGAUCGUUCACAGAGAUGUCAAACCAUCUAAUUUAUUACUUGGAGAUGACGGCCAUGUUAAGAUCGCAGAUUUUGGGGUUAGUAACCAGUUCGAGGGUAAUGAUGCCUUGCUCUCCAGCACUGCUGGUACUCCUGCCUUCAUGGCCCCAGAGACGCUGUCGGACAACCGCAAGAACUUUAGUGGAAAGGCUCUGGAUGUGUGGGCUAUGGGAGUGACCCUCUACUGUUUUGUGUAUGGGAAGUGCCCAUUUAUUGAUGAGUACAUACUGGCACUUCACAAUAAGAUCAAGAGUAAGCCGGUGGAGUUCUCCGAGAUGCCAGCUAUCAGUGAGGGGCUGAAGAACCUGGUCUCACGAAUCUCACGAAUAAACCCAGACACCAGGAUCACCAUUCCUGAGAUCAAAGUGGACCCCUGGGUGACUCAGGAUGGCACUGACCAUUUGCCUUUAGAAGAGGAGCACUGUACUGUAGUGGAAGUCACUGAAGAAGAGGUGCAGAACUCAGUGAAGUUUGUCCCCAGUCUGUCUGCUGUGAUUUUGGUCAAAGCCAUGUUAAGGAAGCGUUCCUUUGGGAAUCCAUUUGAGUGUCCCAGCAGGAGAGAAGAGAGAUCCAUGUCUGCACCUGGCAGUCUGCUCAUGGACUCUUGGCCGUUCCGGCCCUCUUUUAAACUCCAGCCCUCGUUAAGAAAAGGGAGCAGUGGAGAGGCUGGUAGAGAAGUUGAGCUCGAGGACUUACAUGAGGACGAACCACCCACCUCUUGAGUGUCUUCAUAGAUCCUGAAGAGCUCCUCAUUGUCCUUCCAUUCCUUCGAGCAGAAGAUGAUCAUGACCCAAACUGCUCCACUACACUCUGUUUCCACCGACUUGAGGCUUAACUUGACAUUGAACUGGAUUCUGCUAUUGCUAGUCAUCCUUCAGGCUUUUCAUCUUUGUCAGUCUUGCACAAGAAUCACUUUUCCUGCCUAUGGUUCUCAUGAAACCUUGCCUUGAUAAUUUGGCGGAAAACUAUUCUUUCUCCUUGAUACCAUUUGGAUCUUUCCAUCCUGGUCCUCUCAUCCUGUCUAGACUAGUAGAUUUUGUAUGGAAUCUAUAUUAGGCCAGGUUUGUGUGAAAGACAGACUAUGCCACAAGCGUUCUAGUGCAUAAGACUACAGCAUGGACAAAAGAUGCUAUUAACUUGGUCAGCUGUUGAUGCAGUGUGCUGCCAUCAUAACCUCUGUACAUGUGUAGAAAAUAAUAGCAAUGGCGUCUUGCCUUUUUUGUAUAUGUUAAUGUGCAAUUCUUAACCCUAUCCAUCAUAGCAUGCCUGAAAUAUGGCCUUCUCCAUAUAAUGGUGGUUCC